AUGGCUGCUCCCAAGAGAUAUUACUCUGCUGGUGAUGACAAGGUGUCUAAAUCGCGUGCGUUCAAUGCCGGCUUACUUACGGUUCUCACAUUGCUUGUUCUCGCUGGCUGGGUGUACCAUUUCAUAUGGGCUCUUCAAGUAGUUAUCAACCAACCCUAUGGAGGUGUGCUUAACAAUUUGGUAUAUGGUCCAGGAACGCUUGUGGCCAAUGCUGGGUUGAGUACCAAGCUAGUAGGUUAUUUGAAUGACAAGCUAGUGGGCGACAAAAUCGACGCGGAUCAUAAGAAGUAUUUGUAG